AUGCCGAAGCCCGUGGCCAUCUCCAAGUUCCUGCCGGUUCUGCUGAUCCCCGAGUCGGACCAGAGGCUGCUCCAAGAGCUGGCGACGACCCUCGUCACGCACAACCUCGACCAGUACAACAACCUCUGCGUCAGCAAGGACGGUCACCCGGACAGUCGGCUCUGGGUCCCCACCCGCAAGGUCGAGGGCAUCCGCAUCUACCGCGAGCGCCCCCGUUCGGCGACCGAUACACCACCAGCCAUCCCGUCACUCUUGCUAUUGGGCUCGGUAGUCGGCAAGUUGGACGACAUCAUGUACGGCGUUCUGGCGCCGACGGACGAGUCGCUGAAGAUUAAAUCCUCCUGUAUUCGAGACGGCGUCGUCGACAGCAAAGUGCUGGAGGAGCUGGUAUCUCCUACGGUUGACGACCCGUUCCACCACGUGAGCCUCCAGUGGAGACUCUACGAAGACCGCGACUACGUGACGCUGGACACGACCGGGAUCAUCCGAACUCCUUGGGGAGAACGCGUCGGCUACAACGUCUCGCACUCCGUGGGUUUCCCGCAACUACCAGCGUUCACCGACCUCGGCAUUGCACGGGGAAACAUGUCCGUGUGCUCACUCUACCGACAGAAGGCCAACCACACAGUCGAGUGCUACACGCGCGGGUUCUUCGACCUGUCGAGCGGCACCCACAGCAACGCCAUCCUCGCCCUGCAGACGAUCGCCACUCAGUGGCUGUCGUUCUCGCGCAACAUGGAGUGCGCGCAGAUGAAGAAGCUGGCGUGGCGGCUGCGCAAGCACAGCGACGACUCGGACCUGAUCCAGCUCGCGGCCGAGCGGCCAAAGCACAAGUCCACCGACGCCACGUGCCGCGUGUGCGCCAAGAGCUUCAGCUUCAUCCCGGGCCGGAGGAAGACCUGCAAGAGCUGCGACCACAGCGUGUGCUCGCGCUGCUGCGUCAAGAAGCUCGUGUGCGUCAUGGGGCCCGAUCACUGCUCCAUCCUCGAGAAGAAGCGCACCUUUUGCUUCAGAUGCAUCCACGAGGUCGUGCAGAGCGACGCCGUCGCGAUCGCACGGGACGAGCUCGUCAACAUGCGCCGCGACAGCGACCCCGUCGAGAUCUCGCUAUGA